AUGACGGAGGCCAAGUUGCGGCCGCCUCUGACGCCGCCACUCCAACAACCGUCGACGUCAGCGGAGAUGCCGUCGGACAGAAGCAACCCAAUGCUGACGGUGUUCGACGUCUUCCAGAAUCCAGCCAACAUCUGCACCAUCCUCGCGGUUUGUGUCCUCAUAUUUGUGAGCGGCGUUUAUCUGAUACACAUGAUUGCAAUCAGCUAUGCGUGAGUUUUCAUCGUUGGAAAAGGGUUAAAGUGUGCUAAAACAUGGUUUUUGAGCGCUUUAGGGUAAAAAAUCGAUAAAAAGACUACAAAAAGUGAUUUUCAUACUAUAAUAUUGGUAUACUUUAAUUAUAUCUUUAAUCCUUGACCAAAUAGGUAAUCAAAUAUAAUUUUUCAACAAAACGAACCAAGCAAAAGUAGAUAACAAAGGCAGGAACCGGUUGAUAACAUUAAUAUCUCAAUAAACUGUCAUUCUUUCAGGAAACGAAGGCUCUACAAGAAGGUGAUACGAAAAGCCGACGAAGUUGGGGUUUCCAUAAUCAAGCCGGUUGUCGGGACAGACGACAACCUCUUCUUCAAUUUGGAGUCGUACUUCAAACUUCAGUACUCAAGUGUGAGUUGUUUACUGUGUAUUAUAAUAUAAAGAUGUAAAUUUAUAUUGUAUAGGUAAUUCUUCAAAUAAGCAGCUAUCUUACUGUAGCUCUAGGUUUUAUGCUAACCAUGAUUACUGUAGCUCUAUUCUUAUGCUAACUAUGAUCUUUCAGUAUGAACUUUUAUUUUGUUUCAAUGAUGAAGCUGACCCAGCACUAAAGGUGGUUGAAGCCCUAAGGGCACGAUAUCGAGAUGUUCAAGUUCGGUUGUUCUUUGGUGAGUUUUACUUCUUUUCAAUUACAUUAUUUACCUUUGUAAGUGUACUUUCAUUUUGCAAUCACUUAUAUUUAUAUCAUAUUAGAUUGUCCAAAUAAUCCCGUGCCACUAACCCCAAAAAUUUCCUUUGAAAGAGGCACAUAAUUAGUUGAAAAACCUAUUACUCUUAUAUUAAUGUUAAUGUCUGUAAGGAAUCCCUGCUUUCUUGAAGUAAAGUUGUUUUGACAUUAUCUAUUUGCAGGCGGCGAGCCGGUCGGAUUGAAUCCCAAGAUCAACAAUAUGAUGCCGGCGUACCGUGCCUCCAAAUAUCCGCUGAUUAUAAUCAGCGACUCCAACAUCUACAUGCGGAACGAUGCCUUGGCCGACAUGGUGGAAUGUCUGGAGGAUAAUGUGGCAAUGGUCACGCAGCUACCCUACUGCAUGGAUCGACCGGGAUUCGCGGCUCAUUUGGAACAGGUAAGUAGAAAAAGGCUUGCUUGAUUAGUAUUAGUACUUUGUUAACAUUACUUAGUAAUCAAUGGUAGUUCUUAGUGUAUAAAGUACAUGCAUGAACUUUUUGACCUGGGGCAAUCUAAUGUCUUAUUACUUUCAGACCUUCUUCGGCGGAGCACACGCUCGUAUUUACAUGGCCGGCAACGCGCUUCAUAUCGUAUGUUCGACAGGAAUGUCAUGUCUAAUGAGGAAAGCGGUCCUCGAGGACUGUGGAGGCCUACAGUACUUUGGUGCCUUCUUGGCCGAAGACUACUUCUUUGGGGUCGAGUUUGUGAGAAGGUAUAUUGUUAUUCUGUUUGUCAUUGUUACACUUUUGUCAUAUAUAAGUAUAGCAUAUUACUAUUAUUAACAUGAUAUUAUCAUAUAAGAACUUUCGUACUUAAUUUUAUAAUACCAUAUAGAUCAUCUUCAAACAUUUUCAGAGGUUGGCGAACAGUGGUCUCCCAUCUACCAGCCCUCCAGAAUGGCUCCAGAACUCGGGUAUCGUCCUUCCAUGAACGGAUGUGCAGAUGGGUCAAGUUGAGGAUAGCCAUGCUACCACAUACGAUCCUGUUAGAACCAGCACAAGAGUGUUUCAUGUGCUGUCUAUUGGGCUGUAUGGCAUUGUUCUACCUAACAAACUCAAUUUACUGUAUAUUUUUGUACUCAACCUUACACAUGAGUUACUGGAUCAUGUGCGAUUUUAUAUUAAUGAAUAUUGUUCAAGUGAGUUGUGCUUUACUGUACAUAUAGGUACUGUAAAAAUAAGUUUAACUAGUCUGACUGGUUUAAAUUUAUAAUUACCAUAGUUUUUUUUUCUAUUUGAAGGUAAAAUAAGGUUAAUUACGUUUCAGAACGGUGCCAUGCCCUUCAACUUUCUACAGUUCCUCGUAGCGUGGUUCUACCGUGAAUGUAGCACGCUACCCGUCUUCCUAUCGGCCCUUGCCAACCCUGACAUACGAUGGCGACAAGGGACGUAUCGACUUAACUGGGGAGGGCGGAUACGAGCAUAUCCACCCCUCCGAAAGUGA